GGGAGGACUGCACCCGGGCCAGGUACUCUCCCUGUGUAGUGUAGUGCUUCAGGAACCUAGCACUGUCUGCGUCUCUCCUCCUGCCCAUGGCCACCAGCAUGCUCCUUCUCCCAGUGUUUUGUCUGUAUCACUUGUGUGAUGCUGGAACAGUCAUUCCAAGAUGUGCUCCCGGACAGCUGACUGGUCAAUGCAACAACACAGAGGCGCCAGUUCCAGCUUCUCCAACCCCUGAGGUGAAGCAAUCAAAGUGUCCUCUCUCCAUGGAAAAUUAUUGUCUUAAUGGAGACUGUGUGUACAUUCCACACGAAAACAUACACUACUGCAGGUGCACAAAAGGAUACAGUGGUGCUAGGUGCAUGCACUUCGAACUGGUCCAGCAGCCAAUGAGCAAACAAGAUGUGGCAUUGACAGUGGCUCUAACAUUCCUUGCUGCCGUGGGCCUGCUGAUUGUCUCGUACUUGAUCUACAUGAGGUUUAGGAAGAACAGAUCUAAACAUCAGUCACAAAACACUAGAGAGACAGAUCCAAUCAAAACCGAGCCUAAAGAGUUGUUCUUGGGGCAGGACUCAUCACCUCCGAAUGGAACAUUUCACAACUUGCUUCACUGCUAAAUACAACCAGUAACUUGAAGAAUGUAACAUAAACACACUAAAACAAAAGAUGUGGGAUUUUGGGCUAGUUUCAGCUGCAGAUGUGUCAGUAUCUUUAUCCCCAAGACACCAUUUGGAUUACUGUAAAAACUAGCCCUUUGUUUCCGAAAUGUGUUGUCAGCCCAUUUCUCAUGAAGAAGUUGACUUCUUCGAGAUCUCUUGGAUGAUCUUGUCCAUUCCCCUCCUAUCUUGAAGAUCUAUCUGCUUGAAUGAAACAGCUCAUCCAAGUUCUUGUUCUUUGUUUGAGCCAAGGUGUUAUUCAGUGACAGUAGGAGGGUGGAGGGACAUGUACAUGUGCCAACAUCAUUACUUCCCUUUAUUACACUUACACAAUGGUUGCUUUAAAAGAGGAGCAAGAACACUAAGCAAUACCCCCUUUUACUGGGCUGAAAUUGGUCUGGGAUGCGUGAACAAGCCGAAACUAUCAAAAAUACAUCAAUAUUUCACUGCAACAGUUAACUAACUUCUCUAAAUGUCAGCUUCAUUUUCAGUGCACAAAGAUCAGAGUACUUUUAUGUUUGGAAUGGUUUCCUGAAGGACUUGGGUUUUAUCUCAAAAUUUACCAUAGAUCAGUCUCCUUUCCUUAUUUUGUGACAAGUUCAUUUAUCUAGGCCCGAAACAUCAGCUUUCCUAUUCCUAAGAUGCUGCUUGGCCUGCUGUGUUCAUCCAGCUCUACACCUUGCUAUCCUGGAUUCUCCAGCAUCUGCAGUUCCUAUUAUCUCAAUUAUAAUAGUUAUUUGCAGCUAGAUAUUUAUGAUGUAUUGUUUCUUGAAAAUAAUAGACAAAUUGCCUUGAACUCCAGCAGAGGGCAAUGUUUCGUUAACUGACCUGAAUCAGGGAUUCAGAAUUUGGAGUUUUCAGUUUGACCUGGAUCUGUGUGUAUUUCUUUUGGCUGAAAGUUUCAGGAUUUCAGUGUGAGCCAAAAACAGACCUCAAAUACAACUCCAUUAUCUCUGCAGAAUAAUUAAUAUUAACAUUUAAGAAAUUAAAUAUGAUGUAUGUAUUUACAACGUUAUAGAGGAAAUGACUAUAGAAAAUAUAAACUAACUGGACAGUUUUAAAGAGGACAUAGGAACAGGGGGAUCUUUGCUUAAAUCUUUGGCGCUGAAAGGACAAGUUGAGGAGACUGUUAAAAGAACAUGGUGGAACCCGGAAGCGCUCUUGCGGCGCAGUGGUAGAGUCCCUUCUUCUGGGCCCAAUUGUCUGGGUUCAAGUCCCACCUGCUCCAGAGAUGUGUCAUAGCAUUUCUGUACAGGUUGGUCAAAAUAACUACAGGAUCCUGGCCUUUAUAAAGAGUGACAUGAAGUAUAAAAUGAAGUAACUUCUGCCAGAGUUUGUUAAACAUUGUGUUGAUCUCAGUUGGGUAUUGUCUAAUGUCUGGACACCAUGAUUCCGGGAGUAAUGAAGAUCUACCACAGGGGAUUUACUAGAGCAGUACCAAUGCUCAGGGACCUCAAUGAAGGGGGUUUCAUUAGAUUUCCACGGUGUUAAAGUAUCUUCACAAAUCAAACAGAAAAUUGUUUCUGGUGGUAGAGAGACGUAGGUUUGAAGUGAUUGACCAAAGAACCAGAGGAGAGGUGGAGAAUGUUUCUUUUGGAAUUGGGCAUGUGCUGCUGAAAGAAUAGUUGCGUGCAUGUUCAAUCUAAAGGGAAAUGGAUAAAAGUUAACAAGUUUUGGGAAAGAGCAGGAGAAUGGGUCUAAUAGCAUAACUCUUCCAAAGAGCUGGCACACUGAUGUUGGCUGACUGGUUUCCCUCUAUGUUGUACCAUCCUCUAAUUAUAAAGGCGCAGUUUUGUAAUUGAUGUUUCUGUUGGGGAGCUACAUUUUCUCGGAUCAUGGGUUAAUCAGCAUUAGAGAGUUUGUAAAUCAGUCUCUGAUCCAGACUCUGAACCAGUGUAAUUCACCCAACGAUUACUGAAACAGCCAAACAAUGUGUUUCACUUGUUUGUGGUGCAUUGAACUUGGAGCAACAAUCAAUAUUUUCUUGACUGAUUUGGAGCCAAAGAGUAGAAGGAUCAGACCGGAUCAGCCAUAAUCUUAUUAAAUGCCAGUGUAGACUCAGUGUAGGCAUUCUCCUAAAUCAUAUGUUAUUGCUGGUAUAAGCUGUUCACUAGAUCUAAUUGGAGCGAAUAAUAACAAUUCCCAGUGCCAUUGUGGUGCUAUGGUGUGACCUACACUGGGCUGAAUGACUGAAAAAUCAACUUAAAACACAAUACUGUGCAAAUAAUGAAGCUGUUUCGAUCUAAAGACUGGAGUAAAGUUGCAAUUAUGGCAAAAUGUAUGCAAUAUUUUUAAGCUGCGGUCAUUCUAAUAUCUCAGAACAGAGGAUUGUGGAGGUUCUGUCUUUGAGUAUGUUUAAGAUAUUGAUAGAUUUGUGAUUCCCACUGGCGUAUAGAGCUAUAGGGAUGAAUCGGAUAAAAGGCACUGAAGUGUUCUAUCAAUCAUGGCCAUAUUGAUCGAGAGGGUGAACCUGAUGGGCUGAAUGGCCUCCUCCUGUUCCUACUUUUCUAAGUAAUAACAUUCGCCGCCUUGGAUCUUGUACACUGGAGGAUCAUAUCUGAUCUCUUCGAUUAUUGUUGCCAAAAAGAAUUUUUAACUGUGGUGCUUUAAAUCUUAGUUGAUAUUUAUGGAUAUAUUUUGGUGCUGAGUUUUUUUUAUUGUUUCUCAGAGACUACUGACUACAUGGAGUUACAGAAUAUUUUGAAAGCUGAGGUAGAUAGACUCCUGAUCAACAAGAGGUCAGUGUUGUCAUGGAGAGGUGAGAACGUAGACUGGAGGGCUCAAUCCGAUCAGCCUUGAUCUUAUUGAAUUGUUGGGCAGACUCGAGGGGCUGAAUGGCCUGCUCCUAGUUUGUAUAUAAAUAUGACAUUGCUGUGGGCACUGAGGGAACUAAAGGAGGAGUUGCUUGGUUAUAAUUCUCAGGUUAGUGUGAUGUGAGUUGGCUUGAAGGAUCACUUCAGAUCUGGUUGCCAAUUGCAACACAGGAUGUGCAUCUUGAAGAUCAGAGAGGUGGAGAUAUUCAGAUCAUAUGGCUGUCAUUCUCUCUAACUAGACUACUGAUGGGCGGAAUCAAAGACUUAACAUCAUUCUGUCACAGGUGUAUGAGAAACUGCCUAACACCUGUCUCUAAAGCAAUCACCAGUGUUUAACAGUGUCUCUUCAUUAACUUGAAUAGCUCACAUUGCCAUCCUAGUUCUAGUGCCUUCCUUUGUCACUGCCUUACCUUCAAGUCCAGAUCUUCUUGGGGAUCUUUUAGUUUUCUAUCUCGAAUUGCGAAGUAAUCUGUUAGUGCAUUGCUUCCAGUUGGAGUUAAGGUGGGCUUGAGGCAAAGGAGAGAGACAGCCAAGGUUGGUGGCCUGGAUCCGGAGUGUUGUGGGGCGUUGUCAGGGACCAUUCCUGCUCCACGUACCCUGCGAGGAAUACUCCUCUCUGCCUGCCCUCACCCUGCUGUAGCUGCCAGUUAUCCCCAGUACGGAGAAGCCAGGCUGACCUCAGUUAAAUACCUGCGGAGCAGGUUAAACCUGAUCUUUGACAACAUGCUUUAAAAUGCCAACCAGGCUCCCAUCCCGCAAGGGGAAGGGUCAGAACUCAACAGGUUGCUAAUAACAUUCAGCAUUUUUGGGAAAUAUAAACCCCAAUCAAACUCAAUCCCACCCCCUCACUGGUAUGAAAGUGGGACGUUUGGACUCAAAUAAAGACAGUUGCUGUGUGUUCCUGUGUUUCCAUUCUGACAGCUUAUAUUGAGUCAAGCUAUUUGUGUGCUGGGGGGAGCAGAGCUGAGGACAUGUGAGAUCUCAAUGAACCUGUGCCCAGUACACUCCUUCCUCGGUCACUGAGCAAUUUAUUAACAUGUGAGAGGAUGGUGAGGCUGGAAGAAACUAUAGAGUUUCUCCAGGCCUAGGCUCACCUUUCAAAGAUCGUCAGCUGCUGCAUGGAUCUUGUAGUGUGACAGGAAUAUUUCCUGAUUUUUUUUUUAAAACAUUAAAUCAUUUAACUUCCACACUGCAUCAUUGGUAUUCCUGUCUGCAAGAUUCAUCAACACUGUAUAAUCAAAGUGACAUUCUGUUAAUUCAAUGGAAGAGCAUAAAGUCUUGCACAACCAAAACUAUUCCACCUAAUUUAUUGUAAACAUUAGUAAAGUGUAUGAUAUGAACAUUAAAACUCUCU